CCCCCUUUCUACCCCCCCCCCCCGACCGUUUAGCGGCGGGGGGCGCGGCGGCCGUUGCUUCCGUCCCCGCGCGAGGCCGGGGGAGCCGCUGAGGGCGGGGCCGCGCGGCGGCGCGCUGCCUCCCGGCCUGCCGGGCGAGGGCUCGUUCCCACAGGUGGCUCCCGCCCGGGCACAGGGGGGCGAGGAUGCUCUGCCCCUGUGCGCCUCCCCUGCGGGGAGCAGAGCCGCGGCGCGCCGCUGCCGGCUCCUCCCCAGCGGGCUCUGCGUGGCCCUGGGCAAGGCGCUCCUCCGCCGGCCCUGCGCUUCCCUGCGCUCGCACCUGAGGGGAGCGCGGCGCCCCGGGCCGGGUGUGGGGGGGGAAGGCCGCGAGGCGCGGGGGGGCGGUGCUCGCGGCCCCCUACGUGUGGCCUGCGCGGCGGGCUGCGCCGGAGGCCCGCCGGGGAGAGGAGUCCGGUGACCCGCGAGGCGCGGGUCGUGUGCGGUCUCGACUGCGUGCUGGCUUGGUUUGCGGUUGAUGCACACGGGUUAACUAAGCUCGCCUCGUUCUCGGCGUUUGGUCUUUUAAAAGUGGGUUUUCUUUUUCCCCUCCCCAUCCUUCUCCCAGUUACUUUCCUCCGUUAAGAGGGGAGGAGGGAGUGUUGUGCGUUCACUUUCUUCGCUCUUCUGAGCUUUCUCUGCGUCUACUGAAGUUACCUGUUUCUGUAGGUCGCACUAGUUUUCCCUAAUAUCCAUUCAGAAACAAACAAAGGAGAAAAAAAAAACCCAAAAUGUAAACUGUGGCUGUAGAUCUGGCACAAUAAGGUUCGUAUUGAAGCCUUGACAUAUUACUGCAGUGCAACGAAAUCACUAUGAAAUAGGGUGAAAAAUAAUAAGAUCUAUCUUAUCUGGGAAAGAUCAGUGGUAAUAAAAGUCAACGGUAACACAGUACACUUAAGUUGUCCAUGUUAGAUUUGGGAAAACAGUCUUACUUUGGUUGAAAGUUUAUUUCAUGAUUAUACAAUUAGUCUUUAAUCUUGUGAGAGAUAACUGUCAGUAUUAAUUGGUGCUUGAGAAAUUACAUAUUUAUAGCGUUGGUCCCAUUUGUCCAGGCAAAUUGCUUGGUCUGCAUGCAUGAGCAGGUAAGGUGACUCUUUGAGGCUUGGUAAUGAAAUUAUGCCAUCUUGUCUGAUAAUUCAUGGUAUUUUCUUAUCCUUCAUGGAUUGUUUAAAAUCCAUUGACAGUUGGAAGAGUAUUGUGGUGGAAAGUCUUACUCAGUGUGGAAAAAUAAUAACAUAAAUUAGAUUAUUCCCGCUUCCUGGUAAUCAUUUGGUAUGUUGCAGUCUGAAAAAAUACCUCCUAAAGAGGGUAUUCUAUGGCAAUGUUCUUCUCCAAGGGGAAAUAAGAUUGCUUGAAAAAUGCAAUGCUACUAUUGAAAUGCUGUUACUUAUAAAAUCAUAUUAAAAUAAAAAAAAGAUUUAGCCAUGUUAUGUAUUGCACAACAGAAUGAAGUGCAAAACCAACAAGUUAAUUGCAUAAACCCCAAAGUCUAGACUAAUGGGUAUUUUUAGUACAUUAAAAGUAAUAUUUUUCUUAAAGAUCAUAUUUGGGAAUGCAGGCUCCCCCAGAAGUUUCUUAUGUUUUAACAAGUGUUCUUUAUGUUUUAACAGAUUUUCUGGCGUUUUAACUGUUGAGAGGUCAGCUUGCUUACAUGAACCUUGAUUUGAUUUUUCCUGAAGUGAUUAAAAAUAUAUACUUUAGGUGACCAAAGGCAAAUACCCCUUUUGUUUAAAGUCCUCCUUGUGUAGGGAGGAAAAGUGGAGAAAACAGUAAAAAGUGUUUUUUUUGAGAUGAGGAGGAGAGGGGAUGAUUCUAUGCUGCUUUAGUGUUGCUACAGUGGCAUUCAACUGAUUAGUGCUAUUUUUAUGGCUGUGGUGCCAUCUGUGUUGCUGAUACGCAAUCAGAAAGUAAAUAGAAACAAUCAUGUUAAUAUUGAGUGAGCUUACACAGGGAAAGGAUGAGUAUUUGCUGUUUACUACAGUGAAAGAGUUUAUUUUUAAUAUUUUAAAGAAGAUUUAGUAUGAGAAAUGUUAAUAUUCCCUAUAACAUUCUAUGGUGUAGUUAUUUUAUGGUAAAAUGUGAAAUGUUUAUUGUUACACUGUAGCAAUAUUAAGAGACAAUUUUCUAUGGUAGUUGCUUGUCAAACUUUUUAAAAAAAUAGCAAAGCGGUUCAAUUCAGGGUAGAUGGAAAACUGCAAAUUUUCCAAUUUUUCAGUCAAAUAUUCUGAAAUAUAUGGCUGCAUUUUUUAAUCAUUGUUUUAACAGUUGAAUAUUGAAUUUUUUUAACUUUUUAAUUUUUUUUUUUUUUUUAACAAAAAGAAGAGGAAAGACCGUGAUGCAGUGUUGCAGUAUGCUGGCAAUACCAUUGUAAGAAUGGAAUCAGUGAAUCAAAAGGAAAUGAGGUGGUGGUAGCAGUUUAUAAAGAAAAAUGUUUGAGCCAAAUCUUCAGACAGAUCUUAAUGUACAAUUGGUGAAUGAAAGCAGUCAUGGACUGAAUCUGUUCCACAUUUUCUUAGUGUGGAUAUAGUUGCAGUCAAGACAACUUGCAUUUUUAGAAAUGGAUGUUUUCAACACUGCCAACCCUAUUAGUGAAAGUGAUAAAUUAUUAGAAAUAAGAAAUGGAAAAGCAUCUAUCAGACUAUUCUGUGUUUGUCAGUGCAAGAUUGUUUCAUUUGAUUUUUCAGUAGCAUUUACUUUGUUAAGGUUACAAAGGAGUUAAUUUUUUUUUUUAAGUUUAAUAUUUCGACUGAGUGUGUCCAAGCUCAGCUUUUGCUUAUGCUUGGCUUUUGGAAGUCAUCAGCUAAGUUCUUUUGGCUGCUUCUGGUCAUUAUGUUGAAGGCACAAAAAGUAUUUUUGCUUUAAAAGAAAGAGUUCUUCCCUCCCCUGCCCCCCUUCGCAGUACUACAGCAAAAAUAUGUUUUGGAACAUAGUCAUAGAUAUACGGUUGUCCUCAGCUAGCAUCUUCUAUUGGAACCUAAUUUAAUAAGAAUGGAAUAUAUUAGAUAUAGUUCAAACUUAGUGCAUAUACAAUUCAAAUUCUUACAUAUGUUGAUAUGCCUUUACACAGAACUGUGUAUGUGCACAGCUAUUGAAAAGAUUUGCUUGGCAUAUUUGCAUUUUAUAGACAUUAAAUAAACUUUCUACCUCUGUUAGUUAAUGGUUAUAAGUGCACUCUGACUUUUAAUAAAUUUAUGUUUAGGAUGAGUUUAUACAAAAAAUUGAAAACCAGGGCAAAAUUUCUGUUGAAUUCUUUGAGCUGAUUUCACUAUUGAAUUUUGCACGUUAUGUACUUGAAUAAGAUUUGAAAAGCUAAAUGCUUAUUACUUGUUGCUUAAACUUAGCGCAGGUAUGUAUUGACAAUUUCCACAGUCAGAUACUUUUUUCUUUUUUCUUUUGUUUUUUUUGAAUAUCUGCCUUUGUUCCUGAAUAAAUAUCAACCAGAAAAGUUCUGUUCCUCUGACAUAUGAGGCUUUUGCCAUUCCCCCUUUUCUUUUGAAGUUUACAAUAGAAGGAAAUGAAAUUUAAUAGUCAAAUACAGUAUGAAGAAGUAAAAAUACUUUUGAACAGUAGGUUUUAUUUAUGUAAGACAUGAACUGUAUCCAGGCUGUCUUUUCUGUCAGUACUUUCACUUCCUUUCCAGUUGGUUUUAAAGUUUUGAUAUUUUUCAGAUGAUUGGCCAUUGCGCUUUUGAAGGUGAAUAAUAGUUUUAUGUAUAAAAUGAGCUCUUUCAGAUUUUUUUGUUCUGUGUUGUGCUGUUGGACAAAUGGGAAUGGGAUUUCUCUGAAAUUACUGUUCUUAAUUUUAUUGGGUGACAGAGCUGGGGUACUGUAGGUUGUGGAGAGGCCUGCGUAGUGCACGUACUGAUGGGCAGGAUGCAGAGAAGACAAAAUGGUUAUGGUGCUGAGUCAAGGGUAAACCAGGACUGUUUUUGUCCAGCAUCUUUCAGGGUCUUUGUACUAUGACUUACGGAAUUGUUGGUUUCAUGGUAUAGAUGACGCUGAAGGUGGCUCUGUAUGAAUACUUGGGUAUCUGGAGUUUGCUAGUUGAGACCUGUGCCAUAGGAUGAUGCUUAACCUGCUGCCUGAAGGCAGCAUACUGUAACUGUAAAUGACUGUACCUGAGUAAAUCCUGCUGGGCCCAAGAUGGUUACGAAGUCAUCUCUGUCAUUUCCCUGUGCAGGGAGGGCUUUCUUCAAUUGCUGCGAGGAAUGAGCAGUCCACAGAUAGUGGAGCUAAAGUACUUGUACUUGACCCUAUGUGAGAAACCAUUUUUUCCCAUUGAUGGUCCUUCUUAGGACAAGGAUAUUUUAAGAGUAUUUCUCUGAUACAAUUAGAUUAGCAAGAGUAGAUUAGCCAUUUAAGAUGGAGCAGUAGCGAAAAGUGAAGUGGAUCUGUUUUCUUGCUUGACAUUGUUUCAUCGCAUCUUUUUUUAGCAUGUAAUUCUCAAGAGAAGUGUCAUUGUGUUUUUUUCCUCUUCCAUCCAUGAAGUUUGCCGUGUUUUUUUCUUUUUAUAUGUGUGUGUAUAUAUAUAUAUUUAAAAAAAAAUAGAUGGUAGACAGAUUUAGAGAUCUGCUUUGUGUUAUUGUCUUAACUAGAUCUCUGAAGUUUGGAAGAUUAAGAUGCAUAUUGUGCUCUGCAGAUGAACACAUUACAGUUUGUUUACCUGUGUAACUUUUUUUAAAGUUUCUAGCAAACUAGUCUUCAUUAAGGUUAUUUUACUGUCAUGUCUGCAUGUUUUAUUUUUUAUUUUGCAGUCAAUUUAACAUGUUUACUCCUUACCUGGUUUAUUUUCAGUAGUCUAGAAGUUCUUCUUGGCUAAAUUGUGUGACCAAGAAAAAAGUAUUAAAAAUUUUGUAGAAUUUAAGAGUCCAGCACAUGCUUUCUCUCAUUUAUUGCUAAUUUUGGGGUGGUAGAAAUGAAUGAAACGAACUGAAUUCUUCUGUUUCUUUCCAUUGCUGUUUAUUAAAGGAGGAAACUUGUAAAAUGUAUUUUGAUUUCAUAGCUGUAUCUUUUGUUAGACCUGGAUAUAAGGAUAGCUGACUUAAGUAGAAGCUCUUCUGACUGCUGCUUUGGUGAUGUAAGGGUGCUGGUAGAUGCAUGCUUGGUCUCUUGUGUUUUGCCAGUUGGAGGAGGAUUGUCCGGACCAGUGCCAGAGAACAAGACUAUUGAUGCAUGUUAUCCUAAACAGAAGUCACCUGUGUUCUGUAGUAGUUAGAAUGACAGAAAUAAAUAGGCCAGUUGGCUGAGAGCGUAAGUAGUACAUUUUCCUCUCCAGAUUGUUGGAGGGUAGUUCCAGUACAUGGUAUGAUACAGGGAUCUGCCAAUAAAUUUCACUAGACUACACUGGAUAUCAUUUUACUAUGGCUGAUAAUGCUUUCCCCCCAUCCCCCCGUGCAACCUUGAAAUUACUUAAAGAAACAUACUGGAACUAACUUUUUAAAUUUUAACUUUACUAAAGCUUUACUUUUUUAGUUUUAUGUUUUGUGUGAUUUUAAAAUCUUUAAAGCAGUGUGCCUUUUUAAAGGUAAAAUCUGUAUGGAUGUUAUGCCAUUUAAACUUCCUCAGUUUUAAAAUGCUUUUAAAUUUGUAUUGAUUAGUUCUUGUUUCAUCCACUCGCUUUUUCAAAAUAUGUGUUAACUAAAUGAGGAAACAUAAAGUGAUCAUGUAUAAUUUUUUUAUAGGUAUUUUUGAGCAGACUUGCAUCAAAUACAAAGAUUGGUAAAGUCAUGGAUACAAAUGCCAAGGCUCACGGCAAUCGAGUGAAGCCAAGGAUAUCUGUGAAAAAGACUUUUGGUGAAGGUGUACUGCACUCUAUGAAGUCACUGCUACAAAGCAGAAAGGAGUUAUGCAGUGUAUCGGCAGAAGAGUGCUUGAAUCGGGAAGAACAAGCUAAUUUUCUUGAGGUUACAUUUAUAGGUUUUGCUGAAGAGAUCGGUACUGCUCGUUUGCAGGAAUUGACAGCUAUUUCUGUAGAGCUUCCAGAUGUCCUGAAAUCACUUCAGUUGUGCAAACUAAAAGAAAAUGAAGUUAUAUUUCUAAAAAAUAUAAAGAAAAACUUGGAAAAACCUUAUAUCAUGAAACAUCAGAAUCAGCUUCCUGAAGUGUUUUGUGUGAUGCGAUUGUCUCCUUCAUUCCCAAGGAUCAAAGCUGAUUAUGUAUUUACCUUGCUGAGCAAAUAUACUACAGGUGUAAGAUACGCAGUGGAAAUAAACUCAUUGCAAAAACAUCAAACAGAGACAUCCCAUGCAGAGGACGAUGAUACUAAUCACUCAGUUUCUUCAAUUGAGGAUGAUUUUGUCACUGCUUUUGAACACUUAGAUGAAGAUGAGCCUUCAAAGAUACAAAGUGUUGGGGUGUGCAGCUUUAGUUCUCAAAACCAUCGAGAUGUUGCUUCACAGACCAUCCCCGCUCAGUGUUUAGAAGCUGUUGACUCAAAAAUCCUCAUGAGUUCUGUACAUCCAAAGUCAUGUGCUAGAUCUUCUACUUUGAUUGAUAUUUUGGGACUUAAGGAACUGUCCUCAGUAAAAAAUUCAGUUACAACCUCAAUUUCUGAUCCUUGGAUACAGCGGAGUUUCUGUAAGCCGUAUAAUCCUUCUGAUCCAGGUGUUAAUUUUUUACAUAAAACAUUAUUUUCCUCCUCUCCGGCAGAAUCCUCUGAGUCAGAUUGCUCCAGCCCAAGCCCUGUUAUCUUCUUAGAUGAAGAAGGGUAUCAAAAAAGCUUGAAGGCAAAACUUCAGCUGCCAAAAAUUCCGGUAGUGAAAGAUGGCAUAGAGGAUUCAGACUCGGAAGUAGGUGAAUUUUUUGAUAGUUUUGAUCAAUUUGAUGAACUGGAACAAACCCUGGAAAACACUUGUAAAGUUAUUAGGGAUCCAAUACAAGGGAAUCCUCCUCAGAAAAGAAGGACAGCUCAUGAUCAACCAUGUUCUGCAAGCAUUACAAUGAAUCCUCAAAAAUUCAAGUUUGAUCGUCCUACACUUCCAGCCAAUGUAAAGAAACCAACUCCUCGUAAACCAGAAUCACCAUACAGCAGCGUCUUUGAUGUUCCAGAUUCUCCUCGCCCAGUUAAAACAUCAGGGGAAGAGAAUGGAGAUUUAUUUAGCCCUAUUAGAUCAUCAGCUUUCAGUCCUCUAGGGAGCUGUGGUUCUUCUGAAUGUUUGUGUCGGAUCAAUCUUGGUGCAGAUGGGACAGGUCAAAACCACCAUGAUGCACUUCAUAAUACUUACUCAGAAUAUGCUGAUAGUUUUUCAUUUGAAAUACUAGGUUCUGUUUUUCAUUCUGAGUCUUCAUCAGAACAAAUAUGUGAAGGAAACGAGUCCAAACACAACAGAAUUUCUUUGAAAGGAGAAAAAGGUCAAACUGCAGAUCACAGAAUGAAAACUGGCAAGGAGCCAGAUAAGCAAGCUAAAUCGAAACAUAAGUCAUUAAUGAUUAGAGAUAGCAUUCAAAAAUUUGCAACUGAAUUGGUUGAAAAAAGUUUUGGCAGUGCGUUUAAAGACCUGCAAAAAGGCGUUUCUUCAUGCACCAAUGCACUCUGUCAUUUGGCCGCUAGGUUGACUUCUUCAGUGUUUCAGUUGGCUUUUUAUGAGAUUGGAAGACGAAGAGCAAUUUCCUUGAAGGAGCGUGCCAUUAAUGGGCUGGCAAGCUUUUUGGUGAGUGAAGCUAUAACUGGCGCUUUGAAAGAACUGCGGCACAUAAAGAAACAAAUAUUUACCAACACAGUUGCACGAUUUGCAGCAGACCUUGCUGAAGAACUUGUAUUUGAAGGAAUCAUGGAAGUAUGCCAGUUUUCAUAUCCAUCGACACCUACAGCUGCACAGCCUUCAUCAUUUGAUUUUGAAGACAAAGUGGUAAGAUCCUAUGCCAGAGAUUUGUCUGAAUCUGUCAUUCAGGAAGCUUUUAUUGAACUAUCUCAGGUUGAUGUGACCUUCACAACACAAGCAGCCAUUAGUGUUUCCAUGGACAACAUUAAAUAUGUGAGCGCAGAAAGUAUGCUACAGUCAACACAGACUUCCACAGCUUUUCCUAGUUUUAAUGACAGAGUAGCACUGAAUCCCACACAAGAAUCCAGGAAAGAAUAUACAGUACAGCAAGCUCUGUUUUGUACCUCUGGUGUUGUAAGUUCGAUACCUGUGCCCUUAGCUGGAAGAGCUCUUUGUCAACAUCAGGUUUCCUCUGAUGUUUAUAAAGCAGAAGCAUGGACUGCUUCAAACUCUGAUGGCAAUAUGAAAGUGUACAAAGACUCUACUCAUCCAUGUUUCACAACUAGAAAGAGAGUGGAGGAAAUUGCUUCUUUCAGAAAUAUAUACCUAACUUCAGAUCCCAGUCAAAGUACUGAAAAUAGUCCAUCACUCUUACAUAACCCAAAUGAUACCAAACAAGCAAAUAACAGAUCUGGAAUGAAUAAAAACUUAGAAUUAACAAGUGGGUCAAAAAGCAUCAGUGGUUUUUCUGGAACAAUGGUAGAUAUGAUCGUAAAUGAAGCCUACGAAGCCAUAACUUCAUCCAGGGUUACAAAAGCAGUGGAAGAGUAUACAGAUUUUUUAACAAGAAAAAUAGUAGAGAAAAAACCUUAUUUGCAAUGCAUUGGUGAAGAUUUUCCCAAGAACGUGUUUGCAGACCACUUGGCCAAGUAUAUCAUAAAACAAUCUGUGGAUGAAAGUAACAGUGUGGUAUCUAACACCUGUGAUUAUUUAGCAUAUAAUAUGGGCUCACAGACAUGCACAGAUAACGGUAGAAAAGAACAAUAUAGUGUGGUAAUGAAGCAAGAGGCUGAGAAACAAAAUGUUCCUGUAAUUGUUGAACAGCAACAGAUGCCUUUGAAUAAUCCAUCUAAAUUUUUUCUUACUCCAGCUCAUUCUGUUCAGUGUUCUUCAGAGUCUAAAGACAGUUGGCAGGAACAAAAAGGAUGGAGCUUUUUUUCAAGUUCACCACCACGUUGUUCCACUGUGACUUUUUCUAAGCACGUUCUAGAAGACUUUACUGACACAGGAAGCUGCUCAGUGAAGUACUUAAAUAAGCUCUCAAAAAAACAUGAUACACAAAAAACACCAUCAGGAUCUCUGACUUACAGGCAGGAUGAUAGUUGUCUGCAUGCCAGUAACUUUUCAGUUAUGUUUGGUAGUGAAGAUGCUUUGCAGAUGGAAGAUAAAUCAGCUAUCAAGGAUGGAAAUACCUGUGUAAUGCCUGAUACACCCCCACCAACUCCCUUAGUACCGUGUCAAGCUAGUUCUGAAAGGAACCUAAGGAAAUUAUCUAAGAAACUCAAGGGAGAACUAGCAAAGGAAUUUGCACCUGCAACACCACCUUCUACACCAUACAAUCCAUCUGUUACUGGUUUGUCUGAAACUGAACACGACCCUCUGGAAAAGGAAGAAUUUAUGCUGAAACUCAUGCGAUCGCUUUCUGAAGAAGUGGAAAGCAGUGAAGAUGAAGAUUAUUCUGAAAUGCCAGUUGAGAAAGAGGAACAUCCAGAAAAGACAAUACAGUAUGCAGAUCACUUAGCUAGUCAUAUAAUUUCAAUAGCGACUGAAAUGGCUGCUUCCCAUUUAGAUGAUAAAACAAAUGAAGGUGAAGCUAAUAAACAGGUUCAGUUAAGUAUACCGAACAAAAGAUAUGGAUCUGCUGCAUUUAUAAAUAUUCCAGGAGAGACCUGCAAUUCUUUAUGGAAUUAUGCAGGUGAUAUGGCGGGAAAAGUCAUCAAUGAGGCCAAGAAAAUGGUGAAAUCAAGGCAUUGUAAACUGUUGAGGUUGAAGCGAGUUAACUGCCAGGUGGAUUGCCUUUAUCUGAGAAAAGGUGAUAAAGGUGAUAGUUCAAAAGAAUGGUGGGGUCCAGGGUGGGACCAGUGGCCCGGGGAGAGGGAUUCUUCUGUACUUUCUUUACCACAAAGUUUGGGCAUGAUGGGUUUGACUUCCAAAUACCCAAGCUGUGAAAGUGUGACUGAUGAGUAUGCAGAUCAUAUUAUUCGAGUUUUGAAAAGAGAAGGUGGUAAUGCUGAACUGUUAGUGGAUCAGUAUGCUAGUAGACUUGCUUACGGAUCUAUAAAAUCAGGCCUACAGCAAGCUGCUAGGAAAACUAAAUUGAGGUACAAUAGAAGGUCAUUGCCUGGGCAAAAUACAGAGCUAGACAGUAAGCUGGAGCUCUUCAAAAUAAUGAAUAAAGAUUCACUGCAGCAAGUGAAAAGCGGUAUUCAUCACUGUGAAGACCAAACUUGUGAAAGGAACGUCUGCACACAGAGAGCGGAAUGCACGGAGCUGCUGCACUUCUCAGAAUCCCUUGCUCAGAGUAUAACUUGUGAUGUCAGGAAGAAAUUGAAAAUGUCGAGAGCGUGUUUGCCAAAAUCUUUAACAGAUUCUUGUCUAUAUAAAAAGACUGAUGAAGUCACAGGGGAUCUUAUUAAAACAACAUUUUCUAGGACAUUUCUUCCUUUCUCCCCAAAUUGUAAACUCUAUCAUAGUACAGGCAGUUUAAAUGAAAAUGGCUACAGUGAAGGCAUAAUUCAAGCUAUAGAACAAUAUGCUAGGAAAGUAGUGGACGAUACUCUAGAAAUGAGUUUAGAAUCUGCUGUUCUCCAAGCAGCUGAAAACAGAAGAAAUGGGGAUAGGGUCUCAUACACUGAGAAAUUGUCUCCUUUUUCUGGAACUGUCUGUAGAUGCUGCAGUAUGAAGGAACAUCAGUACUGUACAGAAAGUACGUCUCAUCUACCUGCACAAGAAGCCUCCAUUCCAGUGAGGCAUUUCCCUUGUUCUGGGUUGGGUGGUGUCUGUCAAAAAUCAAGAAUAUUUCACCUUGAUAUUCCUAAAAUUCAUAUUGAUGUAGAACAGAAGGCAGUGUUUUCUGACAAGGUGGUUACUGCAGCUAUUGAGAAAGCAGAGAGAGAACUGAGUAACGCGAGUCUGACGGCUGACAGUGGUAUUGGGCAAGAUGGAGUCAGUUUUGCCGAAAGCUUUACUACUGAAAUAAUGACAUCAGCUAUGACUAAUAUUGGUCAGGCAGUUAACAUAAGCUCUACUGGAAGAGAAGGAUUUCACUCAGUUGAAUCUAUUGUUAGCCAGCAGAUGAGUCUGAGUAUUGGUGAUGAUAGCACUGGCAGUUGGUCCAAUCUAAGUUUUGAAGAUGAACAUCCUGAUGAAAACAGCAGUUUUCUUCACCUCAGUGACAGUUCAGCUGUGUUCUCUUCUUCUCCUGGCAGUAAUGGUAACAGCAGUAGCUGGAGCAGUCUUGGUUUAGAAGGGGAUAUGUAUGAGGAGAAUUUAUCCUUUCCAACAUCAGACAGUGAUGGAACAGAAGAUAAAGAUGAAGACUCCAAGGAUGCUGUAGAAGGUAUGGAGCAAAUAAGAAAGACAUUAGCAAUAGUGAAUAUUGAUCUGGAACCGAAUAUAGUGGAUCCCCAGCUCAGAGCAGCACUCCAGUGGCUGGCAGUUUCCGAAACAGAGGUGUCUGACCUUCAUUUUCAUGACAGUGCGACCAGGGAAUUUGUCUUUCUUUCCAGAAGACUGCGAGAAAGAGAUUGGAAAGUGGGAGAUCUCUUGCAAGCAGUGCUGAAGUACUGUGAAAUAAUAGAGAAGGCAUCUGACGGAGAACAAGUCCUAAAUAAGUCUUUGGUUGGUUGGCUUCUGGAAAAUGUCUGAAAAGUCCAAAGAUGCAACAUUCUUUGCUUCAUUCCCCUUUUUAAAAGAAGACGAGAAGAACACAGAUACGUAAUGUAAAAUUUAACUGAUGAAUGUUCUAGUAACUGUCAGCAUUUAAAAUACUUUGAGGUGAAAGUCAAAAUAGCUGUGCUGUGCUUUGUGAUACUGUGUACAUGAUGUGUUUAUGCAAUCCAUAAUCGGUGUUGUCCACCCACGUAUAACUUGUAUUUACUGCUGUGUUCAGACCAUUGAAAUAGUUUAUGAAAAUAUACCUUGUCUGUGCUAGUAGUUCAGAGGUGACAACGUGAUAUUCAGGGUUUCCUCUGUGUCAGGGUAGCGCUCUCACCUGUUUUGAGGUGUGCUAAAUUCACAGUGGGACUAAGAACACUGAUGGAGAGUUCUGGAAAAUCUUGCUGCAGACCCUGAAGAAAUUACCGCUCUUUGCCAUGAGCGGCAUUGGCAGGAGGAAGACUGUGACAGUGCCCGAGGAGCCUCUUAAUGCAGUCUAGUUUCAUAGCUGCCUUUAUCAAGUUUAAUUUCAUGUGUGAUUCUGCACUAAAAUCAUUGAGGUUCAAGUACGUGUUCCCUUCUGUUGACUACUGUAGAGGGAUAACUACUGGCAGCAGGGCAGAGUGGGUAGCUGAAGAUAACUUCCUAAAUCUUGCUUCAGCAAGGUUUACCAAAGCUUGCCUAUCAAGUUUAAAUUGCUUUUUUUUUUUUUCUUACUAAAGCUUUUUGUGUGUAAGUACUUCUAUGACAUUAAUUUUGUGUUUGAAGAAUUCGUAUGUUUGUCUCACGCAGUGAUAGGUUAAAAGUAGCAAACAGCUUUUUCUUCCUAUGAGAAUAUUGGCCAUCUUUUGAUGAGUCUACUUAUUUUUCUUUGUCUCCAUAUAUAAAUUUUCUUCACUGAUAAGAUAACUUUGUAACUCCACGAGCACUUGAGAGUUAGUGAAGAGCAAAAGUUAAUUAAGACAUAAAGGGGAAAAUUGCUUCGAAUUGAUUUUUCAUUUUUCUUAACUACCUCUGCUAUUUUCUUUAAGGCACUUCUAAUCAAGUCUUUUUAGCAGUCUAAUCUAAGGUUUUGUAACAGUGCUGCUGACUUGCAUUUCCAUUGGAGGGAAAAUCUGUAUCUUUACAUAUCCUGUGGUUUGAAAGUGCUUUUGGAUUUUUUUUUUUUAUAUAUAUCCUUUGAGAGAGAAAGGCACUUGCUGGUACUUAAAAUGUUGCCACCUCAUAUGAGUAUUCAUAUCACUUGUGGGAGAAUUACGGAGUCUCACCUAUUUUGGAUGAAUAAAAGAAUUUUAAUAGCUAUUUCAAAGAAAAAUAUCCUGUUGAUAGGUGUGCAGGUCUCCUGGCUUGGGAUCAGACCAUGAGAAAUGGAGUCCUUAAAUCUAUUUAUGAAUUUUAGUGAAAUAUAUACAAUUCUGAGCUCCUCCAACCCCCAAAAUUACUAUGAGACAUCACACUGGUGAACUCAAUAGCACUCUCCUUGCAAUGUCUUUGUGUUUCAAGAAGGCAUCCCACUCUUCAUUAAAUGUAUUUUUACAGGGACCCAAUAUGUUUGAGUCCUUCCUUUGUCAUCUGAAUUUGAAAAGGAACCCUGCCUUGGACCUCACAAAGUUCAUCUUUCAAAUUGAAUUGAAGAUUUUUUUAAAGUUUUUUUUAUAUGCGUAUGUGUAUGUACACAUGUCCACAUUUGUAUAUAUAUCUAUAUGUAUGAAAUCUCACCUAUAUGGACAUGUAACCUAAAUCUUUAACUUAAAAUUCUAUAUUAUGUUCAUAGUUUAUUACUUCACCUUAUGUAUCAUUUCCUUGAUUGAAAGGCCUACAUAUGCCAUGUGAUGAGAAAGAAUGAAAAACAUCACAGGUUAUUUUGCCUUGUUGUAGGCAGUGUGAUGUUUUAAGCAUCAGGAACUGGUUAUCUAUAGAGCCUCUAGGGGGAAAAAAAAAGUUCUCUUAAUUUCUGUAUUUGGAAGAUGGGGCUAGUAACAAAUUUUGAAGGAUUGUACAAAAGCUGUCUUGUUUCUUUUGUUUGUUUUUCUGGCCUCUGUUUUCCUUUCUUUUCCUUUUAAAGGAUGUAGUCUUUGAGCAUGUUGAAUUUCAACUUUUGCUUCAGAUAAAAAUUUGAAACCAUUUUCUGGUUGUAACAUCUUCUGUUUAACAGAGCAGUAGUGUAUUUGCAGACAUAAAUUUAAGUUUAAAGUUUAAAUGACAAGAACAUGAAAUACUAAGAACAGUGCCUCAAGGCUAAACUUUGCUCUGGUUUUUGGUCCCUUGAAUUCCCACCAAAGUGAAAUUUCAGGGAAUGAUGAUACAAUGGAAUUACUGUAGUGUUCUAUAUGUGUUGAAAAUCAAAAGAGAGAAAUUCAAGACAUCAUAAAUGUGCAAAGCUAGCUAUAAAUAGAUUUUUAAAAAAUCAGGAGCAGCCAGUUUUUAAAUGAUUUAUUUGGUAUGCUGGAUUUUAUAAAGUUGGUGAAGUUGUUUUUCUUUUUAAUCACUUUUCUGGAGAAAAGCAGAAGACUCUGCAAUUCCCAAAGCUUACAAAGAUACAAAAACUUAAGUAGGCAAUAGUUGCACUCAAAUAUUUUUUUUAUUUUUUAUUCUUUUUACAAAAGGAAUGUUGUUUUCAGACUGGAUAAAAUGCAUCAUAUAACUCUAUUAGUGUUAUAUUAAGGAAGAAUUUUGAUUUAUUAGCCUCUGAGGAAUGUAGCAGACUUUCCAAGUAUACUGGAGAAAAAUGUGUUGUAAAAUACUUGAUUUUUUUUUGUUUUUGUUUUUUACUUUCAAGAGUAGUUUUCUACACAGAUCAUUUUAAAUUUGUGUUCUUUAGGCUUUGCCUCUUUCUGUUUGGUAUCAAAAUUGGAAAAGCAUUAUACCAGCUUGGCACAAUUAUUAUUACAAUUUAAUAAUUGCAAUAGUUUGUGGAAAGCAUUAUUCUGAUUAAUUGUUGUUCUCUGCCUCAUUAGUAAGAAAGUUAUUUUUCUGUUGGACUGAAUCUUGAGUUACACCAUUAUUUAGUUUAUUUAAGACUCCUGAACACAAAUACAGAAGCAUAGAUGAACUGUAAAAACACAAAGGGCCAAAUUUCAGUCUGUUUAAACCAGACAAAUCUGCUUUACAAACAAAUGUAAUAAAGGAGAAUUUAUCUCAUCUUGCAUUUUUUCUGUAUGGGAAACCUGACUUGGAAAUAAAAUUUCCAGUUUGAGGAAAGUAUAUAUUGUUCAAGGAAAACAGCCUUUUCUGAAACAUUUCAUAAAUGCAUUUGUUAUUCUGUACGAUGGAAGUGUUUUGAUAUACUUUGUAAGAUUCUGUAGAAAAAGCACUUUGAAAAUAGUCCCUCUGUAAAUUAGCACUAAAAGUGACCACAUUUAAACCAACUUUAAAACAUUGAAAAAGCGGUGCCUAAAUAAUACAAAACUGUGCAUAAAGCCUUAACAUUAUGAAAACAAAACCAAACCAUAUGCUAAAAUUAAGGACUACCUACUGUCUCAAAAUGAGGAUGUGAAAAAGCUGUGGCCAUGUACUUAAAUGUAAUUUGCAUAGUAUCCUUGUUCUUGAGUUUAGAAAGAUUGUAUAAAUUAACUAACUCUCUCUCUGUCUCUCUCUGUCUCUCUCUGUCUCUCUCUGUCUCUCUCUGUCUCUCUCUGUCUCUCUCUGUCUCUCUCUGUCUCUCUCUGUCUCUCUCUGUCUCUCUCUGUCUCUCUCUGUCUCUCUCUGUCUCUCUCUGUCUCUCUCUGUCUCUCUCUGUCUCUCUCUGUCUCUCUCUGUCUCUCUCUGUCUCUCUCUGUCUCUCUCUCUGACUAAUUAGGUCUCCCAAACGUAGUAUCAAAUUUUAAAUGUUACAUUUUUUAAUGUAACUUUGUAUGGGACCUUUUCUAUAAAUAGAUGCAUAUUGUUGGAGAUGGGAACACAGUACAUAGUAAACACUGUCACCAGCGCAAAAAGAGCUAGUUUUACACAGGUGAUUUGCAAAGAAAAAUACAAGUUUCAGGACUGAUUUUCUUUUUAGUGUAAGAAUUCUAGCUUUUCAGCAAGAGCCACUACUGUUGAGCUUUUACUGUACUUGAGCUCUGAAGAGGCAAGUACAGAGCCCAGCCACUGUAGUCACUUUAUUUUGUACCAUCUUUGUACAUUCCUGUUGUAUAGUUGGAGUUGUAGUAUUAGAGGGCUUUUGUUCUGUUGUAAUGUCUGAAUAGUAUUUAAUACUAAAAUUUACUAUAAUUUGCUGGAACUGCUGCUUAUUUGUGCAGUGUUAGGGUAAUUCACAGCCCAGUUAGUGAUGCAAUUGUAUACCAAAAGCAGUUUGAAUAACUAUAAAUGUUUAUGUAAUUGUACUCAAUGAAUAUGAAGGUCUUGUACUGUAUAAUGGUGAUAAGUUUUACCAUUUUAGUAAUUUAACAGUAUAUUUAGUUUUCAGAUUAUGAACUCCAGGUUGCACUAAAUUUGUCCUUGUUUUAGCAGUGGCUUAAAUAAAAUACAUUUCACUGGC